AUGGCCUCGCAACCAGUCCAGAAGAAGACCCUCAAGGGGACCUUCGAAAAGAUCCUAGACCCGACCAAAAUGGGUACCUGGAAUAUUAUUCGUCGUCCGCCUAUCGAGAACAAAAGCAUCAUCCAGGGAAAGCCCCGAGAGCAGAAUUCGAAUGCCUUCAAGACACAUCAAGUGAAGGAGGGUGUGCGGUUACGGAAGGCCCUGAAUGCCUUAACACACGGCAAAAACAUCUUUGUCUACCAUAAUAUUCGCACGAACCAGGUGGUCUACUCGCUGACAAGAUAUCUGGAGAAAAACAACGUCCUCCGCCAGCUUGUAUACCACGGCAAGAAAACUGUCCCCGCAACGCUCCGAAAGGACAUGUGGGUUCCCUACUUCUCCGUUCAUUUCAAUGAGUCCAAGGUUGGCCUGCGCGCAUUCCAUCUUCUCCGCGAAUUCUCCUUGCAGCGCCAGCUCGCUCCGCCCCGAGAGAUGGUCACGAUCACAGAGGAAUUCCUGAACCAAAAGCGACCGCGAAGUCCGGAAGAGGCUAAGGAGUUUGACGAGAAAUAUGGUGACAAAAUCGGCUGGUUGAUGGAGAAAAAGGACCGAGCCCGUGCUGCCAUGGACCAAAAGGCUACCAGCGUCGCCGAUAUCUCCGCCGUCUUGGCUAUCCAGGAGGACGAAAUCAAUAACGGAUUUGCCGAUGGCAAGAGAGGCUAUUUGUCCCGUGGUGCACGAAGACGUCGUCGGGAGGCUCGCAAGAAGGAAGAGGCGAAGGCAAACCAAAAUGCUGAGCGGAUUGCCAAAUUGGAAGCCACUUUAAGUUCGAACCAGGUCACCUACAAAAUUCAGGAAUCUCAGGACGCCGAUACUAAGCCUGAAUCCGGUGAAGGCGCUGAGGGCAGGUCGGCAGAAGACCCAGUGAAGAUUCUCUGGACUGAUAUUCACAACGCUCGAUACGCCGAGAAUUGGCCCACGCGAGUCCUGCAUGGUGAAUUGGAUCUCACCCGCGGCCAUGUGAUGCCAGGACAGAAGCCGCUCUACCACGGGAUUGAAGUACUUGCGGAUAAGAGUUUCACGGAGAAAGAGCCCGCUUCAGCCUAA